UUGACGAGCAGCAGCAGCAGCAACAGCAGCACCAGUAACAGCAGCAGCAGUAACAGCAGUAACAGCAGCAGCAGCAGCAGCAGUAACAGCAGCAGCAGCAGCAGCAGCAGUAACAGCAGCAGCAGCAACAACAGCAGUAACAGCAGCAGCAACAGCAGUAACAGCAGCAGCAGCAGCAGGACAAAGGCCAUGAGACUUGUCUUCAUCUCUCUCUUCCUUCUCCAUGUCUGUCAGCCGGCGUCAGUCUUCCUGGGUCCAGACCGGGCUCAUGGUGUCCUGGUCCGGACUCGCCGCUACAACUCGGGCUUUUUGGAGGAGCUGCAGAUGGGCGAUCUGAAGAGGGAGUGUCUGGAGGAAACAUGUUCGUACGAGGAGGCGCGCGAAGUCUUCGAACACACCGAGACCACGGACGAGUUCUGGAAGACGUACAACGUUCCGAACAGUUGUGCAUCUCAUCCCUGUCUGAACGGCGGCACCUGCUCCUCCCAGGAUUCUUCGUAUGCCUGCUUCUGUUUACCGCAGUUCAGCGGAGUCGCCUGUGAGCUCGACACACUCGCCAUCGCCACCUCCUGCCUGCUGGAGAACGGAGGCUGCGAACAUUUCUGCGAUGAAGACGACGGAGGGCAAAGGUUAAACUGCUCGUGUGCGGACGGCUACUUCCUGGCCACUGAUGGGCGGAGCUGUGUGGCACAAGGGUCGCUGGCAUGCGGCAUGGUGCCCGUCCGCCACGGUAAAAACAAAAAUCAGCAGCUUGACCCUCGAGCUCGAAUAGUGGGAGGAACAGAGUGUCCCAAAGGUGAAUGUCCCUGGCAGGUUCUGUUGGUGGAAAAAGGGAAAGGUUUCUGUGGUGGAGUCAUCUUCAAUCCCACAUGGAUCCUCACGGCGUCUCACUGUAUGGAGAACCUGGAACCUCAGUUCGUCAAGGUGGUGGCAGGCGAACACAACACAGAGUUGAACGAGGGAACGGAGCAGUUCAUCCAGGUCGCCCAGAUCAUCAUGCACGAGGAUUACGUCAAACGUACGGCAGAUAACGACAUCGCACUCCUGCGCUUGGCCGCGCCAAUCGUAUACACGACGUAUGCAGUCCCGGCCUGCUUGCCCACUCGCCCGCUGGCUGAGCGCGACCUGUGGGCGGUUAACCUGCACACAGUGAGCGGCUGGGGGAGGAGGGCGGAGCACGGGCCCACCUCCACCAUCCUGCGCCGCCUGACGGUGCCACGGAUCCGCACACAGCAGUGCAUGGAAGAGAGUGGCGUGGUGCUCACAGACAACAUGUUCUGUGCUGGAUACAUCGAGGGCCAGCAGGACUCAUGUAAAGGCGACAGCGGGGGCCCGUUAGUCACGCUGUACAAGAACACCGCGUUCCUCCUGGGCAUCGUCAGCUGGGGCAAAGGCUGCGCCCGACCGGGCAACUACGGCAUCUACACCCGCGUGUCCAACUACCUGGAGUGGAUUCACAACCAGACAGCAAACACCGAUUCACCCAAAAACCACACAGAGUCUUCACUGCACAACCUGACCACCUGACUGAGUCCGACUUUUAGAACCUAAAACACGACAGGGUCCAAUAUUUCGAACCAAAAACCCGACAAGAGUCCGACUUUUAGAACCAAAAACCUGACAGGGUCCGACUUUUAGAACCAAAAAUCCGACAGAGUCCGACUUUUAGAACCAAAAACCGGACAGGGUCCGACUUUUAGAACCAAAAACCCGACAGGGUCCGA